AUGGCUCGAUCCAAGCAGCGGGGGAGGCAGUCGACAGAGGCAGCACUCUCCGCGGGUGGCGAUGGCGCAACCCCAAUCCUCCUCUUCCGCAUCGUUAUUCCCGAGGUAAGAGAGGAUACGGGGGAAGCACUAGUUGCGGUUGAUAGCCCGCGACUCGCGAUUCUUGCACGUCGCGACCUGCGCAACCCCAAUCUUCCUUCCUGCGUGCUCCUUUCCGUCUGUCCGUGCUCGCCCAACCGGGCGCCAGAAGAAAUCGUGGCAGACCGCCUUGUGAGCGUCAAGUGGGCGGCAGCGGCUGUCCUCUUCCUCUUCUUCGGCUGCCCGAUCUUCCUCCCCGCGCCCCCGACCGACUGCCAGUACCUCGCGCCCUUACUCCCCCCCUCCGCCUCCGCCUCUCCCCCCAGCGCCCUUCCGCCGCCCUCCCCCCUGCACCACUGCGCCAUGGGGUAUGCCGCCACCGCAGGCGUCGUGGGCGGCGGAAGGCCAGGGGCAGCGCGGUACGUGGUGACAGUAGCGGAUGAUGCUAUAGAGGGUGCGCCCGAGGGGAGUCUCAGGUGGGCAGUGGCAAAUCUUGGCGGAGGAACUGGGGGACGGGGGGAGCGGCAGGGGCUGUACGUGACGUUCAACCGGUCGAUGACGAUUCGGCUCAAGUCGCGGCUGUUCCUUGCGUCGCACACCACGAUUGACGGACGCGGCGUGCGCGUGAGGCUGCUGGGCAACGGGCUGGUGCUGCAGAACGUGACCAACGUCAUCAUCCACAACAUUGAGAUUGGGAACCAGCCUGGGGAUCAUGACGUGCUACCCAUUCGCAGCAGCCAGGUGGUGUGGAUCGACCACUGCCACGUCUACAACGGCCACCGCGGCACUGUAGACAUCGUAUACAACUCCACGGAUGUGACUAUAUCGAAUUGCCGCAUCCACAACCACCGCUUGACCAUGCUCCUGGGGGCGGACGACUCGCAUGAGUACGACCGCAACAUGCGUGUUACGGUCAUGGCGUCUCGUGGAGGAGCAACGCCGUCUAAGGGUUGCCUGCAGCGGCUACAGCGAGAGAUGAAAUUAAUCACCAAGGAGCCGCCGCCGCACAUCCGCGCGAGGCCGAACCCCGCCGACAUGCUGGACUGGCACUUCGUGCUGGAAGGCAGCCCCGGCACGCCGUACGAGGGCGGGUGGUACCACGGACGGCUCAGAUUCCCCGCCGACUACCCUUUUAAACCGCCGAGCAUCAUGAUGCUUACCCCCAACGGACGAUUCGCCACCAGCACUCGCAUAUGCAUGAGCAUGAGCGAUUUCCACCCCGAGACGUGGAACCCCAUGUGGUCCGUCGCCAGCAUUUUGACCGGCCUUCUCUCCUUCAUGUCGGACGAUGCAGUGACGGCGGGCAGCAUAGUGGCGUCGGAGGCGGACAGGCGCAAGCUAGCACGCCUCUCCAUGCCCAACAACUGCCGCAGCCCCGUGUUCCGCAAGCUCUUCCCCGACCUGGUGGACAGCUACACGGCGUCGCUGGCGUCGGCAGCAGAGGCAGCAGAGGGCUGGGCAGAUGGGGCCAGCAGAGCACAGGGGGAGGGUGCGGAGGGGAGAGGGAAGGGCAGGCGGGUGGUGGAAGCUGCUGCUGGGGUGGUGGGCGGGCGGGAGGGGAAGGGCAGUGAAGGGGGGAGGGAGCUGAGGGUAGGAGGUCAGGGAGGGGCAGAGAGAAAAGAGGGGGGGCAUCGGAGGGUGGGUAGAACAGGAGGGAAAGUGGGUGCCGCUGUUCCGUUUAGCGCAGGCAAGGCAGUAGAGGCAGGUGCGGCAGGAUCAGGCAGUGCGAGUGGGAAGCAGCAGCCGGGCCUGUCAAGCUUGUCCUUCUGGGUGACUGCUGCCGUUGUGCUGCUGUGUGGCCCCAGCGCACAGCUCUCGCACGCGCUCACGCGCAUCCACGCCGCCAUGCACCGCCCCUCGUCCCCCGCGCCUGCGCCGCCAUCAUCCCCGCCGCGCGCGGGGAGCCCUCCUGACGACGCCACGCGACGCUUUGCGAGUCGCCGAGCGUCGCAGGAGCGCACGGCGGAGUUGCUCCAGCAGUCGUUCCGACCUAAGGUGCUGCCAUCCGCGCCCGCUCACGCCCGCGCGCCCAUUCCGGGGUUGCCUGAUGGCGUCGGCGGGAGCGAACGGCGGAGAGGCGCGAUGAGAAGCAGCAGCGGGCCGCGGGAGGGACGGUUUGGGGGUGGGCCGCCGCGGGGGACGGAGAGCCCCACGGCGCCGGGACGCGCGACGCUGAGGAAGCAGCUGUCGAGCGACAUCGCGCCGCUGCUGCUGCGACUGAAGCGGCAGGCGACGCCCACGCGCGUCCGCAGCCAGUCGCCUGUGCUGUCGCCCGUGCAGUCGCCACGGGACGUGUGGGAGGCUGCGGAGGCUGGGAAGCUGUUUGAUUGGACCAGCAGGGACACGGAGUGUACCACUGCGAGCCCCGGUGGAAGCGCCAUGGCGGAUGAGGUGUCGCUCGCUGAGCAGGAGGCUCGGCUGAAGAAGAAGUACGGGGGGGCUCUGCCUAAGAAAAAAGGACUGCUUUCCAAGGGCCACGAGAGGGCCUUCUUCGACUCCGCCGAGUGGGCCAUUCAAAAGCAAAAGGGCGCCAAGCCGGCAGCACCAGCAGAGCAGGGUCUACAGCCGAAGCUAGAGGUACGGGGGCGUUCUAGCCUACCCCACAUCAACCUCCCACGGGUCGUCGCUCCGGACUGGCUGAAAAUGACUCGUGACGUGGGGCUUGCUCUGGCACUCUGCACAUGCCCAUGGCAACAGGGAGCUGACCAGGUGCUGCACCAACCUGUGGAACGUGAUUUCUUCUGCUCUACCCAUGACCCUCACGUCCUUCCCAUGGCCUGA